CCUGCCCCUCCAUGUGUUUGUGUUUGUAUUGAGUGCCGGCUCCUGUGUGUCUGUCUGUACGUCUGAACGGAGAUCUGGGAGGGCAGGACGGACCGACAGGGCCCGGAACCCUUUCAGUGCCAGGAGGGUGCCCACAGUGACCGUGGGGGGUCCAGCUGCACAGAAAGGGCUUUAAAGAGCCGGCGGGCCGGAGGGGGAGUGAAGGGAAGUGAGGCGGAUCCACGUGCUGCCGGAGACACUCAGCCUAUUGUUCCCGACCAGCCUGACAAAGGGCCGGAAUCUACCCUCCGCUGGGGCAUCGGGGCAAAUCACUCCAUCAGCCAGAAGAGAUGCCGAGGAAGAAGGUGACGGACGGGGCCCCGCGGCCUGCUGCCCGCAGGAAAGCCUCGGCCCGGAAGCGGGACCGGCACGAGUACAGCAGCGACGAGGACGAGCUGGACGGCAGCCCGGGUUCCGACGGUGCCCCCAACAGCAAGAGGGGCCCCGGGAAGGCGGGAGCCAGGAGCCCCGGGCCCGGAGUCAUCGUCACCGAACCGGAGAUCAGCAAAGAGAGGAUUAAACUUGAAGGCUCCAAAGCGAAGGGCCAACUUCUGAUUUUUGGAGCCACUAACUGGGACUUGAUUGGACGUAAAGAAGUUCCCAAACAACAAGCCGCCUACCGGAACCUGGGACAGAACCUUUGGGGUCCCCACAGAUAUGGCUGCCUGUCUGGGAUACAGGUCCGAACGGUGGCUUCCGGACCAUGCGCUGCUCACAGUCUCCUCAUUACCACCGAGGGCGGGCUCUGGAGCUGGGGCCGUAACGAGAAGGGACAGCUUGGACACGGUGACAUCAAGCGUGUGGACGCCCCAAAACCCAUCGAGAGUCUGAAAGGAGAGGUGUUUGUGAGCGCGGCCUGCGGCCGUAACCACACGCUGGCACUUACAGAGACCGGAUCGGUCUACGCCUUCGGAGAAAACAAAAUGGGUCAGCUUGGGCUUGGGAACAAAACAGACGCCAUGCCGAGCCCCGCGCAGAUCCUGUAUAACGGGCAGCCCAUCACCAAGGUCGCCUGCGGAGCCGAGUUCAGCAUGAUCGUGGAUUGCAAGGGGAACGUGUAUUCCUUCGGGUGCCCGGAGUACGGACAGCUGGGUCACAACUCCGACGGCAAAUAUAUCGCCAGAGCCCAGCGCAUAGAGUACGACUGCGAGCUGAUCGCCCGCCGAAUCGCUAUAUUUAUAGAAAAAACCAAGGAUGGGCAAGUUCUGCCGGUUACCAACGUGGUCGUGCGGGAUAUCGCUUGUGGCAUCAAUCACACGCUGGUGCUGGACUCCCAGAAACGCGUCUUCUCCUGGGGAUUCGGUGGAUACGGCCGGCUGGGACAUACAGAACAAAAGGACGAGAUGGUGCCGCGGCUGGUCAAACUCUUCGACUACCCGGGCCGGGGUGCCUCCCAGAUCUACGCCGGAUCCACCUGCUCCUUUGCCGUCAGCGAGAUGGGUGGCCUGUUUUUCUGGGGAGCGACAAAUACCUCUCGUGAUUCCACUAUGUACCCCAAAUCUGUGCAGGACCUGUGCGGCUGGAAAGUCAGAAGCUUGGCCUGUGGAAAGAGCAGUAUUAUUGUGGCAGCGGAUGAAAGCACAAUCAGCUACGGACCCUCCCCAACAUACGGAGAGCUGGGAUACGGUGACAACAAAGCCAAGUCGUCCACCACUGCUCAGGAAGUGAAGACUCUGGACGGGAUUUACUCGGAGCAGGUGGCCAUGGGUUACUCUCAUACUCUGGUGGUUGCCCGGGAUGAAACGGAGCAAGACACAGAGAAGCUGAAAAAGCUCCCGGAGUACAAUCCUCGUACCGUGUGAUGCUGAACAACCCCCCCACCCCCACCCCACUUACCCUGAGAGGGGCAGCAAUACUACAACCACUCCUCUCUCACCCCUACUGAUCUUCUCAGUGCUACCUACCACUGCUCGGCAGGCAUCUCCAGCACUGGAAGUAUAAAGGCAGCUGUAUCUGGCCAAGGGUACCAGGACUCUUCUCAUUCUUACAUUCCUUCUCCAUGUUCUCUUUCCCACUUUUUUUUGCUAGAAGAAAAA